GCUAACUUUUGCCUUCCCGCCCUGCCAGGCCCUCUAACAACAUGCUAACUUUUGCCUUGUCACCCUGCCAGGCCCUCUAACAACAUGCUAACUUUUGCCUUCCCGCCCUGCCAGGCCCUCUAACAACAUGCUAACUUUUGCCUUGUCACCCUGCCAGGCCCUCUCACAAAACUAGCAGAAGAGAACAAGCAGAUGGAACGAGAGUUUGCCAGGAUGAGCGCAGAGUACAACCAAGGAGCAGGCGAUUCUGAUUGGGUAGUGCCGAAGGACCCACUCUUGCGAAACGGCGAUCUGUCAGUGAUGACUGUCCAAGGUGGCAACAAAAACUUUCUCAAACCAGUUGGAGUUUCCUUUUCGGUGAUCUGGAGCGGAGGAGGCGGCGGGAAAACCGAGAGGUUUGAUAUCCAUUGCGCAGGCCCGAAACCCACCAUCCACGCGCUAUUGGACAGCCUGGGUCACGUGACCGAUCUCUCCGGGAAGCUGGGGAGGGCUUACCUGGUCCCGGAGAAGGGGUCAAAGUUCGAAGGUGAACCGAACGUGGGCGUGCCAGCCCGGAGUCUGGAUGGAGGCGUGUUCAGAAUCUGUCUCUAUGGCGACGACGGUAAACACGCAGCUGCGCAGAUGGUGAGCGCGCACACGGAACAGGAGCUGGUCUGCAAACAGCGCUGCGCGGUGUACGUGACGGACCCACACAAGGACUGUAUGACGGCGGCGUACGCGCUGAAAAAAGAGGAGAAGGCGGAUGUGGAGGCAGUGCCGCUGAUGGUGGACGUGUUACCGGGGGAGACGCUUCUUCGCGCGCUGUACAGGGACGCUCGCUUCAACGGCGCGGGGGUUAACAGGUUCGUUGCGACCAAAGCGGAUGAUCCCGACUCGGGUAACCAGCUGCUGUCCCCCGGCGCGGAACUACACGGCAGCACGGUGCGACUGGCGCUGGCUGGGGAGGAACAGGUUACUUCCGAGGAGGCGGAGACAGCCAGGGAUCCCGAGGGGAGGGUCCUGUCGCGGUGCCUGGCGCCGUUCCUGAUCGGGAGGGACCUGGGGGAGUACACGGGCGAGGGUAGCAAAGCCGGCGGGGCUGGGGAGGGCGGAGACAGCGGCAAGCAGUACUGGGACAUGCGGCGUGCUCUACAGGAGGUGCGAGAAGACGUUGAUGGGUUCGAGGUUGAUAAGAUUUUAGCGGAUCUUCAGGACGAGCUGCUGCGGACAGACUUCGACAAGAGAACCAACAUCGCAGGAGGAAAGAUUGACGUGACCGGUGACGCGUUUGAGCUGAUUAACAUGGAGAAGGCCGUGAGCGAGGCUUGUGAGGCGGACCCGAUCUGUAAGGACGGAGUGCCGGGCGAGAUGCAGUACUCACUGGUGCAGCACUUCAACUCUGUCGGUGUGGUGGGCUUCCAGGACGCAGCUAUUGGAGGUGGCUUCAGACUGGGGAGCAGGUAUCUACUGACGUGUCACCACAUGGUGGAAGCCAUUCGCGAAAUGGUGCAGAGGAAGGAUCCUAGCGAAACCGACCCUCCCCCACUGGAACAGGCACAUGUGGAGUUCCACCAUUACACAGACGAGCUACAGCCGAUGUCGUACAGCCGUUUCCUGUUCAAGGCUGAGCCGGUACACGAAGAUCCUGACACGGACUUCUGUAUUCUGGAACUACAGGUUGCGGAGGACCAAAGUGACCUCCUCCAAAAGCACCUGCCGGGACUGGGGAGCCUGCUGCCGCCCCAGGAUGCACCGGGCGAGGCGGAAGUGACGUCAUCCGCGGGAAAAGUCACCAAGGACGACGACAACCCUGCCGCCGUACGGACCGGCGAACAGGUGAUGUUCUGGCGCUCUGGGAUUCCCGGGUUCGACCGCAGGGGCCGGCUGACGGUCAUGUCCAAGGGCACCAGGCCGAUGUACAAGAACUCUGCCACCACGGUCAUGCACUACGUCACCAUGACGUCACUACGGGAACAGCUGUACGGGCUGGCAGGGAAAGGCGGGGUGGACGAAACUGUUGUCAAGGACAUGUUUCCUUUGGAGUGAAACUUUAAGUUGCAAGACAGGAAUAUCUUAGCACCAAUGGUUAGCAUACAUACUGUGUUAUAUAGAUGCUAGGUGCUACAUGUAUAAGAGGAUAGUUAGCCUUGAGGAAACUGUUGUCAAGGACAUGUUUCCUUUGGAGUCAAACUUAAGGCACGAAAGACCUGCUAUAAGCACUGAUGGAUUACCAAACAUACUGGCUGUCCCUACUACAUGUAUAUAGUUCAUGAGCAGUAGAUGUUUUAUAAGGAUUAAAAAUUUUGACGCUGAUAUGGAGAAAGGGAGGCUGGUGUGAAUCUUAAGUUGUAAGACACAAAUAUCUUAAAGUAAUACCUGAUAAUGUAAUACAUGAUUAUUUAGCAAUUUAUGCAUUGACCUACCUUAUCUAGCUAGUUGAGUCAAAUCUUGUCACUGCUUUGGAGAACGAAUGCUGGAAGAAAAAGAUAAAAAGAGCUAAAGAUUUUGAAAUAUUAGUAAGCAUCUAUGAUUUAGCAUACUGGAUGCAUUGUGGAAGUCGUUGCAAUUACAUGACAUUGUAGUUAUCAGCAUCAGACCUACCGUUUUCUGGUUAUGCUACUUGAAAAUAUCCUGUAUCCCUGCUAUACUCAAUGUUGUGUGCGAUGAUGCUAUUAGUAUGGGAAAAAACAAUAACACAUCAUUAGAAAAAGCUAUGAGCAAUAAUAGGUUAAUAUAUACACAAA